UUGGAGCGCUAGUCAGUGGAGAAGGCAUUUGGAAUAACCGGCCGGCAAGCUGAAAGAACAGAACGGAGACCGUUUUACUUUCCUGACACCCAAGCCUAACCACAGGUAUGAAGACACCACUGAGUCCUGCCCACUUCAUAGAGCAUGGCCAGAUGGCCUUCCCCUUUCAAGGCUGUCUGGAGCUGAAUCAGCUGAUGGGGAUGGAACCUACCACCAACAGCCAAGCCCAGAUCAACAUGGAUAUACAGCAACAGCAGGAGAAGAAGAACCUGUUCUACUCGAUGUGUGAUGUGUGUAACAUCCAGCUGAACUCCCAGGCUCAGGCCCAGGUGCACUAUAACGGGAGGUCCCACCUGAAGAGGAUCAAACAGAUGAACAAUGGGGAGGUUCCUCCGGCUCCAGGACCAGCUACUGGGUCUCUACCCACCUCUACACUAACCCUUAGUACCAGCACCACCAGGAGUAGUACAGGAAGUUCAUGCCAUAGCAACACACUGCCUGCGCUGGUGCGGAAUCAGUCACUGAUGAUGCAGUCCACUUUGGAUAUGAAACCCUUUAUGCCCUUCCACCAAGUGGACACCUCCUCUAGUGUGGGACUCUUCCCUAAUUUUAACACGAUGGAUCCCGUCCAGAAAGCUGUAAUAAACCACACGUUUGGAGUCUCCAUCCCUCCGAAGAAAAAACAAGUGAUUUCCUGUAACAUCUGUCAACUCCGCUUCAACUCAGAUAGCCAAGCCGAGGCACACUACAAAGGCAGUAAACAUGCCAAGAAGCUCAAAGCACAGGAGAACACCAAGAAUAAGCCGCCUAAGAGUUCCCUUCCUCCUCCUCCAUUUCCUCCUCCCCUGGACAGUACAAAGACAAUCACCACCACAACCUCCACCACCUUGACCAGCAAUGUCAUGGGCAGCAACUCUGACCAACCAGAACAAGUCGCAGUGCCUCCUAGCACGGCAGAUAAAACCUUGGCUUCUCCAAAUUCUUUCGUCCCCGUCAUCUCCACCUCCUCCUCCCUGGCAGCUUUAACAGCCAUGGCCGUCCCCAGUCCCUGUAAUCCCGUCCUAUGUGAUCCCACGCCUGCCAGCCCCCCAUCAGCUACACAAGUACAACUACAGGGGCCUGUUAUGAAGAGCAGUGGCAGCAUCAGCACCAAGCCUGUGCUCACGGCCCCCAACACUGCCGCUGCUACAGCAACUCAGCCCACGCCAGAGUCGGAGGAGGAGGAAAAAGCCAAAAAGCUCCUGUACUGUUCGCUUUGCAAAGUGGCCGUCAACUCUCUAUCACAGCUGGAGGCCCACAACACAGGUUCGAAACACAAAACUAUGCUUGAGGCGAGGAACGGCGCAGGCCCAAUUAAGGCCUAUCCCAGACCGGGCUCAAAGCUCAAAGUCCAGGCCACCACCGUGCUGAAAGGCUCCGGACUGCAGAACAAGACAUUCUAUUGUGAGAUCUGUGACGUCCACGUCAACUCAGAAAUACAGCUCAAACAGCACAUCUCCAGCAGAAGGCACAAGGACAGAGUGGCUGGGAAACCGAUGAAACCCAAAUACAGCCCUUACAACAAACAACAACGCAGCUCCACAGUCCUAGCCGCAAAGCUGGCUCUUCAGAAGGACCUGGUGAAGCCUAUCUCCCCUGCUGCUUUCCUCUCCAACCCCUUCUGCCCCACCACUGUCCCCUCUAUCACCUUGCACCCGCGGCCCAACUCCUCUAUCUUUCAGACUGCUGGCCUCCCAGGCUCUAUGGGCUCCAUGGGCUCCUUCCUCCGGGCUGCUCCAGGGCCCAUCCGGCCCACCACCGGCUCUAUACUCUUCGCCCCAUACUGAUUCCUGGAUCGUGACACCAGGGUCGUGUUCAGUAGGCAGAGAAUGAAAGAAAAUGGCAGAAACUGAGUGAAUCAGGGUGGUACUAUCUGAGCUCGUCCACUAAUUAAUGCUUGUUUUUGUCUCCCGUUUUCCCUACGGUGUGCCCUAAUGGACACAACCCUGUGUAUCGGUAUGAGCCAGGGAGCCAGAGGUACAGUAACACAAAGGGGAACAUGACAUGAGUAGACAAACAGGUCUCCUCUGACCACGUGGAACAGUGAGUGGAUGACAUCCUACUACAGACAGUACCUCCCCGGUGCACUGAACUGAGAGGACUACUACACUGCGAAGCUUGAACGAACAACAGUGUAUUUAUUUGAUUGAACUUGCCUGUCUGCGUGCGUUGCCCUGAAGCAUGAAGAACAGAGGUAUAGUGGGCUCGCUAAGACCACUGAGGGUCUAAGUAUUGGGAUCUUGUGGAAUAAUAAAGAGCAUCAAACAGCUUCCUGAAUGACUUGAAUUACCAUAGUCUUCCUAUUUGAUUAAAAUAAUGGACAGCUCUAGCUACAUGCGUAUGACAGUGUUCAUCAUAACAGCCCCCAGACAGAAGCACAGUCAUACCCUAUUCACACUAUAGGGCCAACCUGAACAGCACUGGGCUGGCUUGGAUAUUUUCUUCUCACAUUGUCCUUUCCAGUACGGUUUAAGCAACUAAGGUGGAUGUGCAAACAGGUCAGAGCAGUUCAGCGUGGCUCUGCUUGGUCUAGACCAGUAGUGUGAAAAACGGUAUCAUUGCACUUUUACAGUUGUUGCUUGAUGUCAUGAGUCAUGGACUGUACGUUAAUACAGUAAUGCAGUUUUGGCCACGGUUCUGUCCUGGAUUGUGAAAAAAAAAGAAGCUGAAUCUCUGUUAUGAUCGUCAAAUAGUCUGGCUUCAACUUACAGUAGAUAUUCAUAGUAAUUGUUUAGUAACAGUGUUCUCAGUUCCUCCACUUUAGAGAGAGAAACCAUUCUCUUGGUUUUUCAGUAAGAGCCAAAUGUUAACUUGAGAUGGAUUCAGGUCAAUGGGAGACUUCAAGUCUGUUAAAGAAAAUGUUAGUUAAAGCUCAAACACACCGGUAGGAUUGUCAAACGUUUGCCUGCCGACAGUACUUAACACCUCGGAACAGAGUGUCGGCAGUGAAUAUCUUUAGUGUUAACACAGCAAAGACCUUGAAGUCGUCAGCCACUCAGCCUUGAUAAAAUACUCCAAACCAGAAGGUGGCAGUAGCAUUGUUUGGCAAUACAUGUCCGUGUGCGUUCCUUAUGGUCUAGAUUCCAAUGUUAGCUGCAGUGCUAAUGUUGCUAUAUUGUAGAAAGCCCUUGUUGAUACUAGCCAGAUGGCCACAGCUAGAUAACUACCUAGCAAGAUGACGAAGAAACCAUUUCAUUUACUCACCAUAAUCACAUACUGUAGGGUGUCCAAUCAAAACGCAUCUUUUGACCAAUGGGUAAAAUAAUAUGUUAAUUAUUUAUACAAACCCCAACAACAACAAAAAUGGUCUAAACCUCAUGUCUCUAUCAUAAUCUGUUCAAAGCUUAUUGGAGAUUUUAUCCUUGUAGGAUGGAUAAAAUUAGGCUGACUAAAUCAAUGGAGGCCAGAGAAAAAAAUAGGUAAAAAAUCUGGAAAAUAGCAUUGCAUCAUCUAGGCUGGAUGCUGUGCGAGAAUUAAGGCUACAUAACAGGCUUACCAUUAAACUCGUCAUCUUCCUUUUAAAAUCCAGAUGACAUAAUACAAUAUAGAGGUAAGAUAAAUAUACAUUUUGAAACUUGACAAGUAGUAUUUUCAUAUUUUAGUAAACACUGUUCAUAUAAAUGCAAAGUUCCUAUUCUUUUCAAAGACUUCUCAAAUUAACAAGCGUAUGUCAACAUUAUUACUCUGUGACAUGUCAACAGAGCACUGAGUGUACUGCAAGCUCUUUAUUUUCAAAGCCUUUUACAUUUAAUUCAGCACUUGGAAGACAACCACAAAUACACUUUAAAAUUCUCAAAAGUUUCAGCAGAGCUCAGUGCUCAUUAACAGUUGUAUUAGGUUAAGAAAUCUGACUUUUUGGAUACAAUGUUAAUGAUACAGUAUGCUUGAAAAAGACCCCACUGAAUGAUUCAGAACAUGAAGAAUCAUAUUUGUCUUGAUAAAAUGCAUUUUAUAACAUAAGUGAAACGUCAUCACCAAAGUGCAAUUUGCCCAAUGUGGGUGGACACCCUACAUACAGCCAGUGCCAGCUCAUAGCCAAAAGUUUAGCUAGCUAGCUAACGUUAGCAUAGCUAGCACACUAGCUAAGGACACCGCACUAACUCCGCAGCUAACACAGGCAGCUGUUUCAUGGAAACUAGCUAAUUCAUUGUGAUUUAAUUAUAAUGUCGUAACGAUGUACGCUGAGAGUCAGGAAGCAAGUUCAGGCAGUGAAUAUAUUUAAUAAAUAAACAAACAUGAACAAAACAAGAAACACUAACAGUGCACCGACAUGAAACAGAAACAAUAAUGCCUGGGGAAGGAACCAAAGGGAGUGGCAUAAAUAGGGCAGGUAUUCAAGGAGGUGAGUCCAGGUGAGUGUCAAUAAGCGCUGGUGCGCGUGACUAUGGUGACAGGUGUGCGUAAUACUCAGCAGUCUGGUGACCUAGACGUGACAAAUGUCAAUACUAGAUAAAGUGGUUAGCUAGCUUCCAAUAAUUAUUUAGUGUUGUAUGCAUUGUGUCUGUACACUUACCUAGCUACCAUUCCAUAGCCUACAUUGUAUAUGAAGUGUGACUGGCUCAUCUGUGGAUAUACGGAGAAAAUGUUGUCACUUGUUGUCACUCCUGUUGAUUUUCCCAAAUGGGUGUUCGUGCUCUCUGAUUGGCUCAAAGUAAAUUUGUUGGCACUGAUGAGCAUCGCGAUUCUACAUGUAGAAAUGGUAAGUUUGUCACUACUGGAUCGGCACGCAGCAGGUACCUCUUUUGUUCUAGCAAGACAAGGAACGGCCUCCCACUGUCAUAAGUACCUAUUGGCAGUCUAUCGGCAGUGAGAUUCUCAGUGUUUUUUAAGUGUGCAGAUCUCAAGUCAGGACUUGACCCUUAAAGUACAUUGUUCCUACUGUAAAUUAUUAAUCAUCAGUCAAUCAUUUCUUAGAGAAAUAGUAGAAUCUAUUAGUUUUCAUCACUUGUAAUGAGUGAAUUCAGGAAGUACAGAUGUUUGACCAGUUUCUCAAAACAGGAAAAUAAUCUGUCAGCAACCGGACAUGUCAUUUAUUGUGUGGAUUAUAAUUAAUGGACAUUUUAGCCGGAGUUGAUAAAAAAAAAUGUGUUAGGCCAAAUAAAGUCUGACAUUUUUAAGUUGAAAUAACUAACCCUUGAAGGCUGUAGUUUAAAAGAUUUCCUGCAACAACAGGGUGAUCAAAUUAAAAUCCUACAUCUGUAAACUUCAGUUUAUUUCAGUUCAUUAAUUGACUGAAUUUAAAUGGAAUUGACACGAACCCUGUUUGUAUCACCCUUUCCAAGUUGCAAUACUAGUUGUACAGUAUGUUACGGAGGGGGACAGACAGACGAGGUAUUUGUAUUUUUAAGUUGGAAAAAAAGCUAUCCACUCCAACAUGACAGAAAAUACAAGAUACAUUGAACUUGAAAUGUACCCCUUCAAAAAAAUGUAUAUAUUUGGAUGAUUUGCCCAUAUUACAAUUUUAUUUUCCAUAACUGAAAAUUAAUUGUAAUUAUUGAAUUAAUUAAUUGAAUAUAGUUUAUAAAGGAGACCUGAUGUAUAGAUUGUCAAUUAAAGGGAUGUUCAUUGAAAGAGAUAUAAGAUCUUCAUAUCAUCAUAUACUCUGUGUGACAUGUACAGUAUUUAUUUUCACAUUAUGUUUAUUGAUGCAAUUGAUGCAAUCAAUUUGUUUGUUUGUUUGUUAAACAUUUUAUUUGUUUUUAUUAAAUACCUAAACGUA